AUGGACGGAAGCUUCAUGGCGCCUCCGGUCAAGUUCUCGGAGCACCGGAGGAAGCUCAGCAAGUUCUGCAAGGCGAGCUCGAAGUCCCGCCAGCUAGGGGUCAACGACCCCCCCGCCCCGCGCGUCGUGAGGAUAUCGGUGACCGACGCCGACGCCACCGACUCCUCCGGCGACGAGGAGCAGGACCCAUUCUCCUUCCCCCGCCACCGAGUGAAGCGCUACGUCGACGAGAUCAGCAUGGAGAUCUCCUCCGCCGGAGCUGGCGGCGCGGCACCCUGGUCCUGCGGAGCCUCCGGCAAGGGCCCACGCCGGAAGGCCGGCUCCAGGGCGGCUGCGUCGCCUUGUGCCCGGAGGUUCCGCGGCGUCCGGCAACGGCCGUGGGGCAAAUACGCGGCGGAGAUUCGGGACCCGGCGCGGGGGAUACGCAUCUGGCUCGGCACGUACAACACCGCCGAGGAGGCUGCCAAGGUGUACGAUAACGCCGCAAUCCAGCUGCGAGGGCCCGACGCCAUGACCAACUUUGCCGCCGACGGCAGCAAGCCCACAGCGGAGUCCCCCUCCGCAGGGUACGAGUCCGGUGAGGACUCUCACAAUCUAUCUUCACCCACCUCGGUGCUGAGAUACUGCACAAAGGAGGACCCUCCCGAGCACGUCCCCCAGCUGAAGAAGAACCUCCCGAAACCGGAGGAGACGCUGCCGGAGGAGGUGAAGUGGAUGGAGGAGGAGGAAGGCGAGGCCGGCAACUUCGGCGGAGGGAUUUUCGAGGACGCGGGCUUCGCGGAGGACUUGGGCGCGCUACUCGAGUUCGAGAAGGCGUCCUUCUUCGACGAGUUUCUCUGCUUCGACGACGCAGCGGCGCCGGGGAUCUUCGAUUCCCCUGCCGAAAACGGUCUGUUCCUCGACGGCGGACUCGCCGGCGCCUUCCUUGCCGACGGGAGCGGGGACGGGGAGCUGCUCUCGAGCUCGCUCAGAGCCUCGCCGUGGAGAUUUGACAGCGGCUUCCAAGACAUCGGAGAUAUCAGCGACAUGUUCAGCUCCGACGCCGCCCUGCAAGUGCUCUGA